GAAAAAAGUGAAGGGAGGGAAAUUAUAGCUGAAUUGAAUUUGUACUGUUUGCUGAAACGAUUUUGAGAGGCAUCAGGCAGACAAUAGUCGAUUCACUUCAAACAUCCCCAGGGGAAAUUGGAAAGAAUACGCAAUAACAGAACACAGGCAGAGGCAGAAAAUUGCCACGACGAUUGCUGAAACACAAGGCAAAAGAAAGUGGGCAAAGGAGCUUCUCUAAUUUGACAAAAAAACUUACAAAACACCCCGCACAUACACAAUAAAACAGAAUCAUGUCUGAUGCACAGAGCGAUAACCCAAUCUACGGACCCUUCUUCGGAGUCAUGGGAGCAGCCUCAGCCAUCAUUUUCAGUGCUCUGGGAGCCGCCUAUGGUACCGCUAAAUCAGGAACUGGUAUCGCUGCCAUGUCAGUGAUGCGACCAGAAUUGAUCAUGAAAUCUAUCAUUCCCGUUGUCAUGGCUGGUAUUAUUGCCAUUUACGGUUUGGUCGUAGCUGUCCUUAUUGCUGGUGCUUUGGAAGAGCCCUCAACUUACACACUGUACAAGGGUUUCAUUCAUUUGGGUGCCGGUUUGUCGGUAGGUUUCUCUGGUUUAGCGGCAGGUUUUGCGAUCGGUAUUGUUGGUGAUGCUGGUGUAAGAGGUACAGCACAGCAGCCGCGUCUCUUCGUCGGUAUGAUUUUGAUUCUCAUUUUCGCUGAAGUAUUGGGUCUGUACGGUCUUAUUGUUGCCAUUUACUUGUACACAAAAUAAAUUAAUUCAACAAUUAAAACCACAAAUCCAACAUCUACAUCAAUUAAAAACAAAAAUAUGCAAAAAAAAAAAAAAUCAACCAACCAAACAAUCAUUAAAAUGCAACAAGCAACAUCCAUCAGAGAAAUUUGUAAUAAUAUAAACGCAGCAACAACCAAACAAAGCCAAGGCGAACGCAGGAUCAGCGACAAGUAUUAGAUAAAAAGUAGCUGGCAAACAAUGGUAAAAGCAGCAGCAGCAGCAACAACAACAACAGCAGCAGAUCUCAAGGAGAGCCACAAGAAUUGCUUGUAAAAAGCCAAAAUGAAAAUAAAGUUCCACGAAUGGCUGAUUUUUAGUAUUGAAAUAUUCAUAACGUCGAUGAAAGGAAGAGACAAACGAGUUGUUGCGAGACAGUAUUGCUUUACAAAAUGCCUCAACAUUCUGUAUUUGCCUCGAGUCGCACACAAUAUCGUCUAUAUGUAUGUCUAUAUAUAUAUAUAUAUAUAACCCAGCUUUAUUCUAUUUAUGUUACGUUACUUUAUGAUUUUAAUUUAUUUUUGGGGAACUAAGACCAUUAUCAACAACCAAAACAAAAAAUUACAACAAUUUAUAUUUGUAUAUACAUAAAGUAACCAAGUGUUAAACUAAAAAGAAA